UUUGAAACAAAAAAGUGUGUCAUUAACUGUGAGUGUCAGAAACUGAUAAUUUUUAGUUCAAAAAAACUUUCCAAAUAUUGGAAAACAGCACUUGGAACGAAAAAGGUGYGGUGUUUAAKAGCCGGCCAAUCAAAGCAAUCGAUUCGCAUAAAAUAGCCCCAAACCGUAAAAACUUYUACGCCWCCAWUGCGUCAAGCGCACAAAGCAAAUUAUUAAAGUCUGUUGUUUCAUCAACAGUUUAACAACAUGCAUUGUUCCACGGCUUUCUCAGUCAAACAAUUCGUAUUAUUCCCGCUUAAUCGCCUGAUAUGGGCAAGAGAGACAGCCUGAAGUUCAGUGUUUUAAAGUCAUGUUUUCGCCGAGCAAGUGUAAGUGUGUGACCAUUCUAUUAGCCUGGAUAUUGGCGCUGAACUUUAACGCCGCUGAUGAUAGUUCUUGUUCGGUAACAGUGGAUAUUAGCGAUGGGGUAGUGGAAGGUGCAAACAUUACCAAAGAUGGCGUAACCUACAUGCCCGGAAAGUACUUUGAAGAUGGAACCACCAUCAAAGGGUGUGUGUGCCAAGUGAAGACUUGCCUAAGACGCUGCUGCUCGAGCAAUGAAACUCUUACGGAAAGCGCAGAUGGCGGGACAGCGUGCGAAGCAUCCAAUUCCAGUGUGGACGUUUUGCAGGGUCUUCAAGCCGUUUCUGAAGCAAACGUGUCCCUUUUUCACAUCAUAUCGGUGCCAGCGCGCGAAGUUUGCCAUGAAAACGAAUCGAAAAUCUUCGUGGACUCAGACGUGGAAAUCGCCAGUUCAGGAGACCUAAUUUGGGGGGCAGAAACCGUCUUCAGUUUCGAUCAAUAUUGCA